AUGGACGAAGAUUUUGAGUUUGUUAGUUUCGAAAGACAAGAAAGUAUUGAGCCAGAUGAAUCAAUAAGUCAAAUCUCUGCAACUAUUAUCGAAUCUGAUAUAAGCAUUCUUAAUGCAAAUAGUUCAACUGUCUGGCUGCAUUUUAUAAAAACACCUAUGGGAACGCAAUGCACAAUAUGUCACCAGCUAUAUAAACCUACUUCUGGUGUUUCAACACUUCGAAGUCAUCUUAGAAAACAUCAACUUGAAAACAUAUAUUUUCGCGCAAUGUUAUCUUAUUUUUGUCCUCGUUAUAAAAUUCCCAAUAGACACGAAGUUAAAGAUAUGACAAUUGAGAUAUUUAAUACUCGUCAUGCUAAGAUUAGCACUGAUUUAGCAAGUAUUCCAGGAAAAAUAGCAUUAACUGCUGAUAUGUGGACUUCGACAAUUAACAGAGAAGCAUUUCUAGGAAUUACAAUACAUUAUAUAGAUUUUUCAUGGAAUCUUUGCAAUUUUCUUUUAGAUAUUAUACCUUUUAAAAUUAGUCAUACAGGCGUCAAUAUAGCUAAUACAAUUAUAGAUAUAUUACAAGAACACAAUUUAUUAGAAAAAACCUUAGCAAUAAUAACUGAUAAUGCAUCAGUAAUGAUUGUAUGUGGACGAGAAAUUGCAAAACAGAUUGAAAAUGAUUUAUCACAGUUGACUUUUGCUCACUAUCGUUGUGCAGCUCAUAUUAUGAACAUUAUUAAAAAAUCUGAUAGUUUACGUCAAUAUUGUAUUACUAAUGGAGUUACCUAUCUCAAGCCAAUUUUGGAUGUGAAAACACGAUGGAACUCAACUUAUUAUAUGUUGGAACGAUUUAUUACUUUAGAAUCAGUUUUAUUUCUUCUUGCCAAGGAAUAUAAAUCAAUUCAAGAAAUUUAUCCAAAUGAAAAUGAACUAAAAAUAAUUAAGGAUAUGAUUAUUAUAUUAGAACCUUUUGAGCGUGCUACUAAGCAUUUAUCUGCUUCAUCAUAUCCAACUUUAGCAGACGUUCGCUUUAUAUUUGAAGGAAUUCAAGUAUAUUUGAAUAAUUUAAUUGGACAAAAUGAAUUUACUCAAAGUGAAUUUGCAUCAUUAAUUCAUCAAAAAAUUGAAGAAUAUUGA